AAUCACUCUCAACAUGGUCUUCCAGCCACUGCCAGACCCAUCGACGUGCCCAAAUCAGAACCAUGACCCGUGGACGCUUGCGCUGUCGACGGCGCUCAUCUCCGGCCUCAUCGUCAGCUACCUGCCCCAGCACUUCCGUAUUAUCAGCACCGGCACCUCGGAGGGUCUCUCGCCAUGGUUCCUCCUCCUGGGCGCAACCUCGUCCGCGUCAGGCAUGAUCAACCUCCUCAUUGUCCAGUGGCCCCUGUUCCGAUGCUGUCGGGUAGUUAGCGGGGGGCAGUGCGCGGAAUCCCUCCUCGGCUUCGUGCAGGUGUUCAUGCAGUGGCUCCUGUUCACCAUCAUUUUCAUCCUCUACCUCAUCUACUUCCCGCAUGUCCCGCACAUGCGCUUCCCCGGACAGCUGGGGUACGGCGCGACGCGUGGCCACCCAACGACCGACGCGGCCGAGGCGGCGGCGCACGACAAGCUCGUGGCCGAGAACAAGGUCGAGUGGAGGAAGGCUGUCGGCGUGGCAUGGCUCACGCUCAUCCACCUGUAUAUUACUGCUGCUCGCUCUAUCGCCGCUGACACACGAAGCGUUGUCCUCCUCAUACUCGCGCUCGUCCUCCUAAACACACUCCCGACAACCAAGCCACCGCAGCCCGCCCUACGCCGCCUCGCCCAGUUCUGUGGCGUCACAGGCACCCUGCUCGCCAUCUGCCAAUACGCGCCCCAGAUCUACAAGACGUUCGGCGCGGGCCUUGUCGGCGCCCUCAGCAUCGGCACAAUGUGUAUCCAGGUGCCAGGCAGCGUCAUGUUCUGCAUCAGCAUCGCCGUCCGCGAAGGAACCGACUGGACGUCGUGGAUGCCCUAUGCCGUCACCGGCCUGAUGCAAGGCGCCCUUCUGGUCAUCUGCCUUCUCUGGAAGCGCCGCCAGAAGUCGCUUGGCAUCGACGACUUUGGAGACCCGCUGCCUCGUCCAUCCGCCAGCGACGAGCGCUCGGCCCUUCUCUCCUCGUAACUCACUCAUCUCUCAUCUUCAGCACCGGAUGUCCUCGAAGGCCCCGGUAGCCACCACUCACUCACUCCCUCGCUCGCACAUAACAAAUAGUAGCAUACGUCGUGUUUUAAUGGUAUAUGUUUGUACAGCACAACA